AUGGUCUCCGAUUCGGUGAAGCUUCACAGCUGCAAGCCAGCAUUUACCACGCUGUUGCUUUUGUGCAUUUUUACUAUCCCCCGAGGCAGCCUCCAGCCGUAUUCAGCUGUUUGUCUGGACUAUCCAAAUCAUCUCCCCAGAGAGAAAAAACACAAGCGACAGAGGACAGGAAAAGGAAAAGGAAAUCAAAGAGGCAGAAAGAGACAACAAAAGACAGAACUGAAGGUGGAGCCUCGGCCACAAUUAGAAAAGGAAAUUAUGGAGAAAACUCUGGCAACUGCAAAGAAAGAAACUGAACCACCUAGCAGUGUAACCAAAGCUCUCCGUCCGGUUGCCUCCCCCCAAAGAGUUGUACCUGAGACCCAUUUUUCUGCAAUAGGUCAAGAAAGCAUUAUACAUCAGGAAAAUUCUUCUGAGUACCAAGAAACAGCAGUACAAAACCACCCUUCUGAAAUAUGCCAAGAUAGGGCUGAACCUGAGGACCUUUCUCCUAAAAUGUGCCAAGAAAUAGCUGUUCUUCAAGACCAUCCCUCCAAAAUGUACCAUGAUAUGGCUGAACCUGAAGGCUUCUCUCCUAAAAUGUGCCAAGAAAUAGCUGUAGCCAAAGCCCUUCCUUCUAAAACGUCUGAAGACAUAGCUGACCUGGAAGGAUGCUCUCUUGAAGCAUACCCCAAGCCAGAUGCACCUAAAGACUACACUCUUGAAACAUACCAAAAAAGAGCUGACCUUGAGGAAUACAAUUCUGAACCAGGUCAAGGAACAGCUGAGAUGGAAAGCUUCUUUCCUAAAACACAAGAAAUAGCUGUGCCUAAAGACCUUCCUACGAAAACAUGCCAAGAAACAGUUGAACCCGAACACUUUUCUCAUAAAAGAUAUAAAGAAAUCACUGUACCUAAAGUCCCUUCUCGUAAAACAAUCCAAGAAACACCUGCUUCACAAGAAUAUCCGCCUAAAAUAGACCAAGAAACACUUGGGCCUGAAGACUGUUCACCUGAAAUAGACAAAGAAACACUUGGGCCUGAAGACUAUUCACCUGAAAUAUACCAAGAAACACCUGGGCCUGAAGACUAUUUACCUCAAAUAUACCAAGAAACACCUGGGCCUGAAGACUAUUCACCUCAAAUAUACCAAGAAACACCUGGGCCUGAAGACUAUUCACCUGAAAUAGACAAAGAAACACCUGGGCCUGAAGACUGUUCACCUGAAAUAUACCAAGAAACACCUGGGCCUGAAGACCUCUCUACUAAGACCUAUAAAAAUAAGGAUGUGUCUAAAGAAUGCUUUCCAGAACCAUACCCAGAAACAGGUGGGCCCUCACGCCAGGAUCCUGAAGCACACCAGGAAGAUGCUAAGGAUGUUUACCCUUUUCCUCGAGAAAUGAAAGAACCCAAAGCAGAAGAACCAGAGAUACCAGCAAUUCCAAAUGCUCCUCAAGAGAUUCGCCCAGAAAAUAACGUCCAUAGCUAUGUUUUUUUUUAACAAGUGCUCAACCAUCAUUGUUGUCCAACAAAAUACACAUCUUAAUAUAUAUGUGUGAUUUUCUCAAAAUAUUGUAAAAAUAUCUACAAUAUUCAUUAAUAUUUUAACAGUGUUUUUUUCCCCAUGUAUAGACAAUAGCUGAAAGAGAGAACUCACGUGUUUUUUCAGAUUCUACCACAGACGAUAUCCUGCUAGUGUGUGUGUGCGUGUGUGUAUGUGUAGUGGGGUGAGGAUAAUGGUGGGAAGAGACAAAAUGGGAAAGGGGAAUGCUGAAUAUUUGAUUUUUUCUCCCUAAGAACAAACAUUUCUUUGAUUAAUUCUUAAGAGCAGAAAAAUUAUUAAGUCUGAAUACUUAAAAUUUGGGGGAGUAUAUAGUUUUCUUGUAACCUUUGUUCAAUUCUUAGUGUAACAAUAGCAUCAAAAUUUUAUUCAAGGUUA